AUGUUGCCUGGAGCGACUCCAAACUGUCAAACCUCUUUACCGAAAACAGAAGCUCCAAAGACAAAGCGCGUCCAAUUCGCGUCCGACACGAACUUCAAAAUCAGUCGACCCCGUGCAAGUUUCCACCGCAGCACGAAGGCAUACGUACCGGGAAAACACGCAGCACCCUCGUCGAGCACCCUAGUCAAUACUUCGAACAUGCUCAUCAACCGCUACAACAUUCGACAGCUCAAGGUCAUCAGGGAGUUCGACUGCCCUUGGAACAUCGAGCUGGUCGACGCCAUCGCUUUGUCCAAUCAUGAGGGUAUUGCAGAACUGCAUCCUCGGUGGCCCGAGAUCGGGGAUAAGAUAUCGCGUAUACACGAUGGAAAAGACGAGGUGCCGAACGACACGUUUAUGAAAAGUCUGAAGACGGCGGAUUACUUACUCGUGAAGACUGAUGAGAAAGAUCAGGUCACGCAUGUUAUCCCGUAUACAACAAGAGAUAUUGAGAAUCGUCCGGGAGAUGGUGCGGAAGAGGUUCGCGUGAUGGAGAAUAAAGGCUGGACGUCACAUCUAGAAGUCAUGCCGGAGGAAUGUCGUGAUGAGAUCUGGAGUACAUACGAAUGUGCUGGAGGUGCGACUAGGACGGAAAGUAAUGGGCGUAAGUAG